CUCCAUCACACUGGAAGAGUCUGAACAACGGAGCGUAAAGGAUGUUCAAGAUUUAUGUGCUCUUAGUUACUCUCUUCAGAGCCUAUGGCGCUCUGCUCUACGCUGAACCCGGACAAAAUGUGACUUUGAAGUGUUUCUAUACCUCCAUUGACAAAAACCUGUGUUGGUACAAGCAGGUACCAGGGAGGCAACCUAGAAUGAUGUCCUCUGUCUACAUAUAUUCAAAGAACACCUUUUAUAACGAGUUUAAAGACAACCAACGCUUUGCAGUUCACACUGGAUUGGGGUUCAACCAUCUUAACAUUUUUAAUGUCCAGGACUCGGAUUCAGCUAUAUACUACUGUGGAAAAACCAGUGGCGCAGUCACUGAAUUUGACAAUGGAACUUUUUUGGUUUUGAAAGAGUCCAGUCUCAGGUAUUUACUCCAGCAGCCGGAGUCCAACUCUGUGAAGCCUGGAGGCUCUGUUACUCUGAACUGCACGGUGCACACUGGAACCAAUGACACAGAACACAGAAGUGUUUACUGGUUCAAAAAGGAGAAUUCAACAAACUCCAAAAAUGUGGGAACUAUGUACAUCCACACAAACGGCAGCAGUCAGUGUGUGCAGAGCCUGGGGUCCGAGUUUCCUGCGUGGAGCUGUGUGCACAGUUUAUCAAAGCAGAAUGUAAGCCUGUCUGACGCUGGGACGUAUUACUGUGCUGUGGCUUUAUGUGGAGAGAUAAUCUUCGGGAAAGGAACAAGACUGGAGGUUGGAGAGAAACGGCAAGACAUCUUCCCUCUCUUGGUGCAUUGUGUGGUUGCAGCUCUGAUUGUGUCUGUUAUCUUGAACAUCAUCGUAAUCGGUAUCCUCUGCAAAGUGUCAAGGAGAGAAAACCUUCAUUCUGGAGGGGUGUCUCCCCCCCACACUUCGGUCGCAGAAUACACUCCUAACAUUGAGAAUCAGGAAUCUAAAGAUUUGGAGUACGAAGCUCUGGAUUUCAAAACGAUGCGAAGCAAGAGCAAAAGAAAGAGAAGCACAGAGGAUGAGACGGUUUACUCUACAGUAAGACUGUCAGACCUAAAGUGACCACACUUUCUACACCAGGGGUGUCAAACUCAAUUUCAUCACGGGCCACAUCAGCA